AUGGCUGUUGGCAAGAACAAGCGCCUUUCCAAAGGCAAGAAAGGCCUCAAGAAGAGAACCCAAGACCCUUUCACCCGCAAAGAUUGGUACUCGAUCAAGGCUCCCUCAACCUUCAACCAGCGCGAUGUAGGCAAAACCCUCGUCAACCGCACGACCGGUCUGAAAUCCGCCAACGACGCCCUCAAGGGCCGCAUCUUCGAGGUCUCGCUCGCGGACCUGCAGAACGACGAAGACCACGCCUUCCGCAAGGUCAAACUCCGAGUCGACGAGGUGCAGGGCAAGAACUGCCUGACCAACUUCCACGGCCUGGACUUCACAUCCGACAAGCUGCGGUCGCUGGUGCGAAAGUGGCAGACGCUGAUUGAGGCCAACGUCACGGUCAAGACGACGGACGACUACCUGCUGCGGUUGUUCGCCAUUGCUUUCACCAAGAGACGGCCCAACCAGAUCAAGAAGACCACCUACGCUGCCUCGUCCCAGAUCCGGGCCAUCCGCAAGAAGAUGACGGAGAUCAUCCAACGCGAGGCCACGUCCGUCACGCUCGCUCAGUUGACCGGCAAGCUGAUUCCCGAGGUCAUUGGGCGCGAGAUCGAAAAGUCCACGCAGGGCAUCUACCCGUUGCAGAACGUGCAUAUUCGAAAGGUCAAGCUGUUGAAGGCCCCCAAAUUCGACCUCGGCGCCCUGUUGGGCUUGCACGGCGAGAGUGGCGAGGAUGACCAGGGCCGCAAGGUCGAGAGGGAAUUCAAGGAGCCCGCGCCAUUGGAGAGUGUUUAG